AAGAUGUUUGCAGCUUUAAAGUAUCACUCAACAGACUAUUUAUAUGAGAGCGUGGCAAGACAGAAGUUUUCCAUCUGCAGAUUAUCGCUUUGCUUUCCUCCCUGUUUACACCAAGAAGAAAAGUAUCAUCUCACUGGACUCUUUGCUGAUGAUAAGUAUAGGAAGCCAUGGACUAGAAUUUCUUCAACACAGAACAUGAUCACUAUUUCAGUAUUGGAUCAAUGGAAGAAAAGUUUAUCUGUGGAGGAUUUCCUGGAAAAGAAACCUGUCUCCUCUGCAGAGUUCCAUAUUAGUAAUGAAUUAAUAGAAGUUAUUCCAAGUUCAAAUCCCAGCUCUCAGACUGACGUAGAAGGACCUUUUUUAUUUAUGAAGAAUGUUUUUAAGGAAGAAUCCACCCAAGACAAAUAUUUGAAGACUGACUAUGCCACUGAAUUUAAAGAACAAUGGCAAGAUUUAUGUAUGGAAGAGGAGCUUGUUUUUACUGAUAAUCUUGAAAAUUUUCGUAAAAAACUGCCUACUUCAUCUGUACUUCUGAGCAGACUACAGUUUUUUUUAGUGAAAGAUCCCCUUUUAGAUUCUGAAGGACAGAAUUUAACAGAAGAGAACAUUUUCAGGGAAUGUUUGACUUUCCAAAAUGAAAUGGAGAUGAAAGAGAGUAAAAAAGAAUUGCAGAGGAUUAAAGAGAACUUCUGUACCAUAUCUAUAAAAGAUGAAGAGUAUUUCAUGUUGCCUGUUGAGUUAGAAUUCAGCAAACCCAGCAAUGACAGAUCAGAUUCUGUUAAGAUUCCAUCAUAUUUGGAACUGAAAGAGUUGUUAAAUUUAGCUCCAGAAACUAUGGCUGACGAAGACAUGUGCAAAGAGGUGAUCAAAGAAGAUCUCAAAGCAGAAAUUACGUACAAAAUAGAAAUUUCCAAGUACUGUCCCAUACCACAAGGGUGCUCCAGUAAUAGCAGAAGUAUGUUGGAAUUCUGUGAGUCAGCUAAAUAUGUUCCAUACCUGAAAGAUGAAAUGGAAGUACCUUUAACUCCUCCAUGCAGAAAACAAAGAUCAUGGGUUAAUUUUCUGUGCACACGACUUCAAGAAGAACCUAUUCUGCUUUCUGGUAACAGUAUUUUGAUUACAGAGGCCUCUAGGGAAUACUUAGAAUCUUUGGUAUGGCAAUCAGAGAAGUAUCGGGAUAAUAUGAACUCUCUUUUGCUUGUCGAGCAUCAGACUGUUAAACUUGCAUAUCAGCGUCAUUCGCUUACAGAACUAAAGGAAAUGCUACCAGUUGAAGUAGAAGCACCAAUGCUUAGCUCCCUAGAGGAGGGCUGGUGGCUUCAUUUGGGUUUAAAUCUAGUCUCUAUAGAAACUUUGGAGCAAUUGAAUAUGGAUGCCAGUAAUGCAAACAGUUUACUUCCUACAGAAGUAGAAACAUUCACACGAUUUACAUCAUAUCAGUUAGAAAGGUGGCUUGAAGAGAAGUAUUCUGUGACAAACCAGGAGCUGCUUUCUGCUGAAAGACAUCAGUCGGACAAAGUAAUUAAUCUUUCCAUGUCACCACAGACUCAAAGGCAGUACUUUGCCCUGCAUAUGAGUGCUGCAUCAUCUGCCAAAAUUCACAGUACAAAUACAUCUGCAGAAGAGCUUACUGGAGGAAGCAUAAAAAAGAAUAAGGUAGAAGAGGCAAUUUAUUUCUUAAACCAAGAAAAGAAACCCCCCAAAUUAUCUGAAUGUGUCAGCUGUAAAGAUGUGUCUUCUAAACAAGACAACUCAUCCAGUAAUCAAAAGCCUGCAUCAUUUGCACUUGCUACAAAAUGGGACAAUGAUGAUUCUGAUCUGAGCAAUUUUAUCAUGCUGAGAUCUAAACAUACAGUCACCCAAAGAGAGGAAAAAAAUGAUGUAGAUAGUCCUGAAAAAGUGCUACAACCUGAAGAACAGCAUAUGCAUGUUCAUGAAGAGGACAGUUCUGUUUGUGAGACUGGAAGAACAGAGGAAAAAGAACAAGAGAAUGAGGACAGUGUCACAGUCGAUAUUCAAGCAUCAGAAAGCCAAUGCCAGGCAUACUGCCUCUUGGAAGAAGCAGCCACUCCUGUGCUAAAAGAUUUGACACAUCUGGGUGUACUUGCUUCUGUAAAUUGGAGCUUUGACAGCGUUAAAUUUGAUCAUACAAGGUUUUUCUUAAAACAGCAAGAGAAAGUGAUAUGUGAUUGCUUUAAAGAAGGUAAAAUAAAUGAGAAGGAAAUCAUGCUGUUCAGACAUGCUGCUCUGGUGCACCUGCUGGUGACAGUUCGAGAUCUACUAUUAACCUGUGGCUUGGACACAGCACUAGGUUAUUUGUCCAAGGCAAAGGAUAUCUAUAAAAACAUCUUAGAAUCUUGUUUGAAUAACAUCUGGAGGCAGUUGAAGAUUGUACAGUACAGCAGCCAGAAAAAGCAUGAAACGAAUCCCAAAAUAACAGAGCUUCAGUGUCAAAUGUUAAAUUGGAUGCAACGUUAUGGAAAGGAACACAGUGUUAAGAUACUAAUCAUAACAAGGAUGGACUCAGAGAGAGAAAAAGCUGCCCUCAUUCACAUGUUAUCUCAAGUAGAAGGUUUAAAAGCUGUGGAUUUGAAUUCUGAGAAAAAAGGAACCUUUUUAGGUUGUAAAGAUAUCAUAAACAACCUUAGUAGAUAUUCCUGUAUUAUUGUACAUAAUCAGCAAAUUGGAGCUGACUUCCCUUGGACACACUUCUCAUUAGUAAUGGAAUACGAUUAUUCUGAAAACUCUUGCUGGAAAAAUCUGUGCAAAAAUCUGAAUGUUACUUACAUGACUUUUAAAACGACUCUCCCUGAAACAAUACAAAUGGGCAAUCACUGUGGUUCCUUUCUUCUGGAGGUACAGAUUCCAUAUGUAUUUCUGACAACUGAAGGUCUUCUUAAUAUGCCAGAUAUUCUUCAGCUUUUGGAAUCCAAGUACAACAUUACCUUUGUUGAAAGAAGCAGUAGUUACUCCUUAAGGCUCUUUGGAAGUACAGACCAAUAUGUUGUAUUGACAAUAGAUGAAUGUACUGCUAUCUUUUUGCAGAGUAUGGAAGAACUAAAUUAUGAGAAAUCCUAUGACAAUGUAAUAUCGAAGCUGAUGGCAUUAUCGCUCCAAUAUACAUGCUGUUGGAUUGUUUUCUAUUCCAGAGAAAGACUGAGUUUAGAGUACAGUCUCAGAGGAGAUACUCUGCUUAACCUUGUCUUAAUUUAUGCCACUCUAGUUGAACUUACACAGAAGUCAGAAGACUUUGAAGUGAAGGUAGUUCUUAUGCCAGGGAUUGAAGAGACAGCACUGGUAAUCCGUCAGAUUGCUGACAACAUUUUGAUAGCAUCUAAUAUCAGUCCUCAUGAGUGGUUGGACAAAUCCUGGCUUUCUGUCUUGCCAUCUGAGACAGAGAAAUGCCUGCUUUCUUUUCCAUGUAUCAAUCCUCUGGUUGCUCAGUUUAUGUUAAAGAAGGGAUCUUCGCUGAACAGAUUGUUUCUUGCAAGCUUUGAUCAACUUCAGGAACUUCUGCCAGAGGUUCCAAAAAAAGUUUUAAAGCAUUUUAGUGACAUGACAUCUUCGUAUACCCUAAAUGCUGCUGCUCCACUAGAAACAGCAGUGAAAGGUGCAUCACCCCCAGAAAACCAGAAUAACUUCAACACAUUCUGUCCAGACUAUAAACAAAAUCAGUCUUUAGAGCUGCUUGGAACAUCUCAUAUGAGUUCUGAAGCCAUAAUUCCUCCACUGAAUCAUCAUCAGGGUUUUUUUGACUCUGAUCUUCCAAGCUAUAUGCAAAAGAAAUCAUGUUCUUCAGAAGUAAUUACGGGGAUGAAGCAGAGUUUCUUUUCUGUGCCAAAGGACUGUGAAGAAUUUGCUCAUCUAGAUGUUAUGAAUUCUCUCCGUGUUCAAAGACAGCCUUUCAGGAUGCACUAUAGCUCUGAUCAUUCUUCCAAAAACUCUGAAAAAGAGGAUUUCUUUGCAACUUUCAGUGACUAUGCACCUCAGGAGAGCUCUAAGAGUUUUCUAGAAGAAUCUAGAGACACAACAUUUAAAAGCCCCGAAAUUCUGAUUGACCAGGCCCCAUGGAAUGACCUUUCAUCCACAGGCCCAUGUGAUUCAUUUGCAUCUGAUGGUUUUCUCUCUGAUUUCUUUGUUGACCCAGAUGAGCUUCAAAGUCUGAAUUCUCACAAAAUAGGUAGACAAUCUAAAAGAAGGAGAAAACAAAGUCCACCAUUCUUAUGGACAAAAGAAAAAAAUAGAACAGAUUCAGGAUUUGCAGAAGUACCAAAAUUCAAAAAAAGGAGAUUGACAUAUGAAAGAGUCCCUGGAAGAAGUGAUGGACAAACACGUCUUAAAUUUUUUUGA